CCGACUUGGGCGGGGGCGUCUGGGAGGAGCAAGAAGGCGGCUGUGGGCUGGCCUAGCGGGGCCUCCGGAUCUGGGUCCGGGCAAGUGCUGAGCGCCUACGCUUCUAUCCGGCGGUGGGUCUCCGCUGCUGUCAGAUCCUGGGGAGGUCCCUGUUGUGCUCGCCGCCCUGAACCCGCACCGAGAGCCAUGGCCCAGCCGCCGCCCGACGUCAGUGAGGACGAGUGUCUUCCCGAGUACCGCCAUCUCUUCUGCCCGGACCUGCUACGGGACAAAGUGGCCUUCAUCACAGGCGGUGGCUCUGGGAUUGGGUUCCGAAUUGCUGAGAUUUUCAUGCGGCACGGCUGCCACACUGUCAUCGCCAGCAGAAGCCUUCCAAGAGUGUCAACGGCUGCCAGAAAGCUGGCUGCUGCCACUGGCCAGCGAUGCCUGCCUUUGUCUCUGGACGUUCGCGCUCCCCCGGCCAUCACAGCUGCUGUGGACCAGGCACUGAAGGAGUUUGGGAAAAUUGACAUUCUCGUUAACUGUGCGGCCGGAAACUUCCUGUGCCCUGCCAGCACAUUGUCCUUCAACGCCUUCAAGACCGUGAUGGACAUUGACACCUUGGGCACCUUCAACACGUCUCGUGUGCUUUAUGAGAAGUUCUUCCGGGACCAUGGAGGGGUGAUCGUGAACAUCACUGCGACCCUGGGCAGCCGGGGGCAGGUGCUUCAAGUGCACGCAGGCUCUGCCAAGGCGGCUGUGGAUGCAAUGACACGGCACUUGGCCGUGGAGUGGGGUCCCCAGAACAUCCGUGUCAACAGCCUCGCCCCUGGCCUCAUCAGCGGCACAGAGGGGUUCUGGCGGCUGGGUGGCCCCCAAGCCAGUGUCAGCACGAAGGUUCUGGCCAUCCCCCUGCAGAGGCUGGGCAAUAAGACAGACGUUGCCCACAGCGCGCUGUUCCUGGCCAGCCCUUUGGCAUCCCACGUGACCGGCGCCGUGCUGGUGGUGGACGGCGGGGCGUGGCUGACACUCCCUAACGACCUCAAGUCACUGGCAGAUUUUGAAUCCUUCUCUGCUAAGCUCUAGACAGGUGUCUGAGGCAAAGGAGGCCUUCUGAAGGGAAUCUUGUCCACAACCCCUCUUGGGACGCCUCCUGCGGUGCUCUUUCCAGGACCUGCCUCCCACCCACAGAGAGCAUCAGACUGGACAGUGCCGCGGCAUCUGAAUCCGAGACUGGCCUCUCCCCCGGGAGCCAUGCUGUGUCCACCUUCCCUCCCCCCCGGCCCCAUCUCCCGUGCUCGGGCAGGAGUGACCAGGCUAUGAUGCUGCCCGUUGAGCUGCCCGCACCACGGGGGUGUCGCCAGAGGGGCUUUGACAUUCCAGAGCUGCCCCGGGAGUGGGGAUGCAGCCAAGGUGCUGCCCCACGUGCCUGCCCUGCCUCGCCCCAGCCUGGGAGGCCUUCAUUCUGCUGCUGCAGAAAGCGGGUGUCCCAUGGGUGUCCCGAGGCAGCCCUGCUGCAGAAAGCGGGCCUUUCAGGCUCCCUGUCUUCCCUUCCUGGCUCUUCCAUUUUGGGAUCUUAUUCGGCUAAACCAGGAAGCCAAACCAGGGAGACUAGAAAAGCAUCUUUGACCCCUCCCACCCCAGGCCUGGUAUCCUGGAUCCCCUUACCAGGGUGUCGGGCUGCAUACGGGAUCCCCCGCCUGGGGGUCACCCAUCCCUAUCAGCCUUUGGUGACACGGGCUGGGUUGCUCCCCACCUGUCCUGGAGCCAGUCUGUCCUUUGCUGGGACGUCCUAGUGGACUUAGUCCUUUGCCAUUCAGAGACUACUUUCUGGGUCCUCCAGCUGGCCAUUGUCUUCAUCAGCACCUCCCAUAGUUCCAAAGGGCUCAGAAAAUUCUGGCCUCGGGCGCCUCGGGGGCUCAGUCGGUUGAGGGUCUGACUCUUGAUUUUGGCUCAGGUCGGGAGUUCACGGUUCGUGGGAUCCAGCCCUGUGCUGACAGUGGAGCCUGCUUGGGAUUCUCUCUCUCUCUCUCUCUCUCUCUCUCUCUUUUCCCCUCCCCCACUUUCUCUCUCAGAAUAAAUAAAUAAACAAAUUUUAAAAACUACUCUUUUUACUAUGAAACAUCUA